AUGAAAAACUGCUCUAUUUUGAAACUGUAGUUCAGUUUUUCUUUUAUCACAUUCUCUCUCCUCUUUCUUCUUAUCUGGAUUUUCAUAUAAUCCACCUAGUUUCGAUUCUUGAGCUGCAAUAAUUUCUUAAUCUCCUUUUAUAAUCCCAAUUUGUCUUCUUCUUUCUUCUCCUUCUUCAACUUGUUUGAAUUUGUCUUCUUCUUUCUUCUCCUUCUUCAACUUGUUUGAAUUCUUCAAAGAGUACAACCAUCCUUCAAUGGCAGAAAUCAUAAUAGCUAUUUAUUACCCUUUUUAGAAACUUCAAAUUAGUACUACUUACUUGUUUUUGUUGUACUUGGGUAUUAUUUAUUUUUAUUUUUUCGAUCUGGGUAUUUUAAAAUUUAUAUAAAAAUGGAUAAUUUUACGACGGCGGCAGCAAAGACGGUGGAUGGGAUGGUGGAGCAAAUAAUGCAUAUGCAUAAAGCUUUACCAGCUCGUCCAGACAUUGAAGAAGUUGAAGCAGCAAAAACUUUGAUACAAAACAUAGAAAGAGAAGAUCAGUUAAAAUUGGAAGCCAUUUCUAAGCAAACUAAAGGUAAAUUUGUACCAGAGGAGUUGUUUUUUAUAUACCAAGAGAUGCAGAAAGCUUUAUUUCAUUUCCAAAGCAAAGAACAAAAGAGGGAAGCUAUGAAAUUACUUGAUCUUGAGAAUGCACACAAUGUGUUCGACGAAUUGAUUCAGAGAGCUUCUCAGUGUGUUUUGCCUAAUUCUGAUUCUGGGGUAUCUUCUUCUUCAGUUAAUAAGAAAGAUUUGAGUGUUGGAGGAGUAUCUGGGGUUUCAUCUGUGUUGAAAUCUAGGGAUUUGGAAACUACUUCUGUUGCUUCUACUAGUAGUUUUUAUAAUUUGGAGAAGAGAGAGAAAGAGGGUGGAAAAAAAAGUGAGCUUUUUACUAGGGAUGAUACUUAUGUGAAUAAAUCUCAACCUAUUAGUAGUUCUUCUGUUUUCCACGUUGAUGGGUUUAAGACAUCUGCUCCUGCUUCUCAAUUGUUUGAUUCUACUAAUCUUAAGACAUCUAAUUAUUCAGGUCAAGAUGGUGAGAAAUUGAGUUUAAUUAAGCUAGCUAGCUUGAUUGAAGUGUCUGCUAAAAAGGGUACUAAGGAGCUCAAUCUCCAAAACAAGUUGUUGGAUCAAGUUGAAUGGUUGCCUGAUUCCAUUGGGAAGCUAUCAGGUUUAGUCACUCUUGAUUUGUCUGAGAAUAGAGUUGUGGCUUUACCUGUUACCAUUGGAGGGCUUUCUUCGCUAUCGAAAUUGGAUUUGCAUUCGAAUAGAAUUGCUGAGCUCCCAGAAGCAAUUGGGGAUCUAUUAAAUCUUGUUUAUCUAGAUUUGAGGGGGAAUUUCUUGGCGAAACUCCCUCCGAGUGUUGGUAAGCUGUUCCGUCUUGAGGAGCUUGAUUUGAGUUCGAACAGGUUAACUUCACUCCCUGAUACCAUUGGAUCGUUGGUUAGUCUAAAGAAACUGAAUGCUGAGACUAAUGAUCUCGAGGAACUCCCUCAUACUAUUGGCCUAUGCUCUUCUCUUGAGGAGAUCACAGUGGCCUAUAAUCGGAUUAGAGCCCUCCCUGAAGCUGUGGGAAAGAUAGAGUCCUUGGAAGUUCUCUCUGUCCGGUACAACAACAUUAGACAGUUGCCUACCACAAUGUCAUCCCUAAAUAGGUUGAAGGAGCUAGAUGUGAGCUUCAAUGAGCUUGAGGCUGUGCCUGAGAGCUUGUGUUUUGCCACUUCCCUUGUGAAGUUGAAUGUCAGUAACAACUUUGCUGAUCUUCGCUAUCUUCCCAGGUCAAUUGGGAACCUUGAGAUGCUUGAAGUUUUGGAUAUAAGUAACAACCAAAUCCGCAAUCUGCCUGAAUCAUUCAGGCUGCUAACACGAUUAAGAGUGCUUCACACUGAUCAAAAUCCUCUUGAAUUACCCCCCAGAAAUAUUGCUGAGAAAGGGGCACAGGCUGUUGUUCAAUACAUGGCUGAUCUUUUUGCCAAUAAGGAUGUCAAGGUACAACCCACUAAGCAGAAGAAGUCUUGGGCACAAAUAUGCUUCUUUUCACGAUCUAACAAGAGGAAGCGCGGUGGUGUAGAUUAUGUUAAGACGUGAUUCAUCUACACUGGAAAAAGAAAAAAAGCAAGCUCAUCUUUCGGCUAGGGUGUGAAAUCGGAUUCUGUGGCGCAUAUCUGAAAAGAUAUCGAAACAAUACGACAGUUGGGAAGUUUGAAGCUUGAAAGGAUGAUGAUGAGGUUUAUAGUUAAUUGAUAAUGAUGUAUUGAAGCAAAGCUCAUGUGGUUUUUGCUUGAUCAUGGACAGGGAAGCUGAGCUGUUGUUGAGUCACAUGGAAGUUAGGGUGUUGUUUGUGCCUUGUGGGGGUUCUUUGUUUAUUUUACAACAACAAUCUCACAAUUAAUUUCACAGCCUUGAGAAAGCUGUUGUAAACGUGCCUUUGUCUCUUCAUUGUAGAUCUUUUCUCUUCUUUUUUUAACUUCAUUUUUUUCUUCUUUUUUUUAUUUAUAUUAUUAUUUUCUUCAUGUCAUAAUUCAAUUGUAUCUCUGGAGAUAUACAAGAUUGUAAAGUUCUUUUUCUUUUAUUCUGCGAAUCAAGAAUAUAUGUAUUUUAAUUAAAUUUUAAGAAGAAAGAAAAGAAAAAGAGAUGUAGUUGUAAUUAGAAUUUUCGUGUUUAUCAUUAUUGAAAUGAAAGUGUAUCCUCUGUUCACGUUUCUUCA